AUGUGGCGCAGGCUGCGCUCCGCCCUCCGGAGGCUCCGCGGCUCGCCCGCCGCCUUCCUCGCCGGUGGCGGCCGCCUGCUCGCCGCCCGCGGCGCCAUGGAGCGGGCCGUGGUGCGGUGCGUGCCUUCCGAGCCCAAGCUGAGCCUGCGGUUCGUGCUCCCCGACGGCAGCGCCAAGCACAUGCAGCGGGACCAGGCGGAGCCGCUGGGCCGGGCGCUGGCCCGCAUCGCCACCAACGCCGCCAAGGGCCACGCCAAGGCGGCGAAGAAGAGCAAGAAGGCGCGGGCGGAGGGCGGCCCAGCGGGGGAAGCGGCGGCGGCGGUGGCGCCGGCCGUGCGGCUCUUCUCCCGCGACGGGGAGGCGGUGGCUGAGGAGGUGCCCAACGCGGCGGCCUGGCUGGACGGCGCCGUGCUGCAGAUCGGGGAGGCGCAGUACCGCGUGGAGCGCAACCCGCCGGCGCUCACCGAGCUCCAGCUGCCGCGCUCGCUCCUGGCCGGCUUCCCCGUGUGCCCCAAGGUGAGCGCCGAGUUCGCCGCGCCGCAGCACUGCCUCUUCCGCUGGUACCGCGAGCGGCGGCCCGCGGCCGGCGGGGAGGCGGCGGCGGCGGGUGACGACGGCCCGGCCUGGGUGGAGGUGGCCGCCGAGCGCGUCUUCACGCCCUCCAACGCGCUGGUGGGGCUGCGGCUGAAGCUGCGGUGCACGCCCGGGGACGGAACGCAGCGCUACGGGCCGCCCCGCGAGGUGGAGAGCAGCGGCCCGGUGGAGGCCGGCCCCGGCGCCUGCACCUUCGACUCCCGGCACCUCUACACCAAGAAGGUCUGCGGCGAGGGCUCCGUUCGCGCCGUCUCCUACAACAUCCUGGCCGACACCUACGCCCAGACGGAGUUCUCCCGCACCGUGCUCUACCCCUACUGCGCUCCCUACGCCCUGGAGCUCGACUACCGGCAGAACCUCCUCAAGAAGGAGCUGGCGGGCUACAGCGCCGACCUCAUCUGCUUGCAAGAAGUGGAUAAGUCCGUCUUCGUGGACAGCUUGGCUCCAGCCCUAGAUGCUUUUGGACUCGAAGGGCUCUUCAAGAUCAAGGAGAAGCAGCACGAAGGCCUGGCCACUUUCUACCGCAGGGACAAGUUCAGCCUCCUCAGCCAGCACGACAUAACUUUCAGCGAAGCCCUGCUCUCGGACCCACUGCACAAGGAGUUGUGUGAUAAGCUGGCCAAGUACCCCUUGGUGCAGGAGAAGGUGCUGCAGAGGUCAUCUGUGCUGCAGGUUUCAGUUCUUCAGUCUACAACUGAUCCUUCCAGGAAGAUUUGUGUAGCUAAUACCCACCUAUACUGGCACCCAAAAGGUGGCAACAUCCGUCUCAUCCAAAUCGCUGUAGCCUUGUCUCACAUCAAGCAUGUAGCAUGUGACUUGUAUCCUAGUAUACCAGUCGUAUUCUGUGGAGAUUUUAAUAGUACACCAUCAUCUGGAACUUACAGUUUUAUUAACAGUGGUGGCAUUGCUGAAGAUCACGAAGACUGGGUCUCAAACGGUGAAGAAGAAAGGUGCAAUAUGCCUCUAAGCCAUCCUUUCAAACUGCUAAGUGCUUGCGGCGAACCUGCUUAUACAAACUACGUUGGUGGGUUUCAUGGAUGUCUGGACUACAUUUUCAUUGACAAAAGUGCUCUAGAGGUUGAACAGGUCAUUCCAUUGCCCAGUCAUGAAGAAGUAACAACCCAUCAGGCUUUGCCAAGUGUUUCACAUCCUUCUGAUCAUAUAGCACUAAUAUGUGACUUAAAGUGGAAAUAGAUCAGCUCUUGCAUGGUGCUUUUGGGGGUUUUCAAACAAGAAAUUUAAUUUACUGCUGGGGAACUGAGGUUACACCCUGGCUUGUAUGCUACUAAAAGGAAAGUCAGAAUGAUUACUGAAAAUUUCAUGUGUUUAAUGGUUCUACUGAAUAUUAUCACACUGUUCAGAAUAUUUGCAUGACAACUUUUCCCUUGCCUUUUUAUAUGCUAAUAGGAAAAAUAUAUUUAAGACAGGGGGUUUUGAAAAUUGGAUUAUCAUAUACCUUUUUAUUGGUGUUUUUAAAGGAUUAAGAAUUAUUUUGUUAAAGAUAUGAAUUUAAUCUGAUUUAUAAGAUGGUGUACAAACUAAACCCUGCUUAAUUCAGAACCAAACACAGAACCUGAAAACAAAUGGAUUUAGUUGAUUCAACCUCAUUGUAAUUACUGUCAUGACAAUUUUUUUAAAGUAAGUUCAGAAAUUGUUUUGUUCACUUACAUUACUGUGUCCCAAUUUUUUAGUAAGUGGCACGAACAAUGUACUUGUACCUACUACCUUCUGAAAAGAUGUUAUUUAAUUAUCAGUGAAUAGACUGUCAACAAUCAACCAUGUUAAAUUCAAGGUUAUAACUGAUUUGGAAGCAUUCUGCUUGCCCACUUAAUAUGGGUAAUUAGGGUAACUUCAGCACCUGGUAAAACUGGACUACAUAUAUAGGUAGCAUCUACUUUGAGCAUCUGUUCCUUCUGUUGUUUAUAGUCAUUGGCAAUAAAAGAAAUACUAAAGUUUAGGACAGCCAGUUCUGGAUAGGAGGGAGCUUUUUAACAAUAUGAUCUGUUUUCAGGUAGGGGGAGAACACAGAAUAGUUAUGUGGUGCAUUAGCUAUCUGUGCCUGAAUCUUUAAAAAGAAACACAAGUGACUUGCAAACCUUUAUCGCAAUUGUUCUAUUUUGUUCCUCUAUUGCAUAGAGAAGACCUGAAUUUUUAAUAGUGUUUUUACCCACAUUUUUUCCUUCUAGAAAUAGUCUAAUCUUCCCUAUUUUGUAGGAGAUAAUUUGGAUGUGGGGAAAUGUAUUGUAUCUGUACCUUCAUUGAAUGUCUUGGAGGGGUUUGAAUCAUUUAACCAGCUUCUUUCCCUGCAUCAUUAGUCCAUGUGAAACAAACAGCAUUUGAAAACCAUUUCACUAGAUCUCCCUCUUUCACGUAAUAAAGUUCCCUUUCAAUUGUC